CCGGUCCUUCAUACAAACACAUGUGAACCUAGCCGCUAGCUCAGUCAACAACACAAAAGUGGCAAUAAACGCCCCUGAAGAUGGUCCAGUUAAGUAGAAUCCUCUUCCGGAAAUAUGGAAACUUUGUGGAUAACCUACGUUUGUACGUCCGAGGAGGCAGUGGGGGAAUGGGUCUUCCCCGUCUCGGGGGACAUGGAGGAAACGGGGGGGAUGUUUGGGUGGUGGCUUCAAAAAAAGUGACCUUGAAGAAGGUCAAGGACAAGUACCCCCAGAAACGUUUUUUGGCCGGACCAGGAGCCAACAGCAGCGUCCGAGCACUGAAAGGAGAGAGGGGGGAGGACAAGGAGAUCUUGGCUCCUGUUGGUGUCACAGUCACCGCUGAUGAUGGCAAAAUAGUUGGUGACCUGAAUGCUGAGGGUGACCGUCUGAAGGUGGCCAAAGGAGGAUACGGAGGCUCCUUCCACUCUGCCUUCGAGCCCACUAAGGGUCAGAUCAAACAGAUACGGCUGGAUCUCAAACUCAUCGCGGACCUGGGCCUUGUUGGGUACCCAAAUGCAGGGAAGUCCUCUCUCCUGACUGCCAUGUCUAAUGCAACUCCUCAGAUUGCCGACUAUGCUUUCACAACUUUGAGGCCGGAGAUCGGCAAACUGAUGUAUAAAGAUUACAAACAGAUUUCUGUUGCGGAUCUGCCAGGCCUGAUUGAGGGAGCUCACAUAAACAAAGGCAUGGGCCACAAGUUCCUCAAACACGUGGAGAGGACCAAGCAGCUCAUGUUUGUGGUGGAUGUUUCCGGGUUCCAGCUGGCUAGUAAAACACCGUUUAGGUCGGCCUUUGAAGCCAUUCAACUUCUAACCAAGGAGUUGGAGUUGUUCAAAGAGGAGCUUGUGUCGAAGCCUGCUCUACUGGUGGUGAACAAAAUGGACCUGCCUGACGCUGAGGACAAAUUUGCAGAGCUGAAGGAGCAACUACAAAAUCCAGCCGAGUUCUCUCAUCUGCUUGCUGAUGACAUGAUACCGAAGAACUACAUGACCUUCAGACACGUGGUUCCUGUCUCGGCCCUCACGGGGUCCGGUAUCGACCAUUUGAAAAGUUACAUACGGGAAUCCCUCGAUGAAGACGAUGCAAUGGAAAAUAAAGACGUCCAUCAGCAGAGACUGCAGACACUGCAGACACUGAAGCACAACUCACACACGUCUAUAUAAAGAACUUGGGCAACAUUUCUGCUGGACAAUGACGGAUGGGUUGUUUCCAAAAAAGUUUCAAACCACAUAAAGCUUAAAGCCAGGGGAACGGUGUCUCCUGAGAAAGCCCUCUGGAAACAGAAAAUGCGGCUUUCAGCGCAGAACUGUCCCUGGAAGUCAAAAAAUCCAAUGUGGCUCAAAGGGUUGACCUGUGCUUUGAAUAUUUGCUUGCUGGUCGAAGGUUAUCAAAAUCUAAGCCUCAGUCAACAUGGCCCCUCUUUAUUGAGUAACGAUGCAACAUACUUACCCAUUUAAAGUAUGUUGACCAUCAAAUGCAAAAGCAGCACUAUGUUUUGAGCCAGAUACAUUUAAUUAUAUUUCACCAGAUUGUUCACGAAGAUCAAGUUUGUAUUUAUUUGUUGUGUUGUGGCGAUGCACUGAUCCAACUUUUUCUUCAUUACUGAUCCACAAACCUCGACCCUGGGUAUCUUCCAAAACAGAGUACGUAUCCAAUACUAGAGCUCUCCUUUUCCCUCCCAAGUUUAAAAUAUUUGAACUGUAAGGUAACAAGAGCCCGGGUGUUAUUGUGGCGUCAAAUCUUAACCUGCUUUAUCUGAAUGAAUGUUAGGAAGAGAGGAACGCUGAACCUUAGUUAGCUAAAGCAGUGGAUCAGUCAUAUCUGGCCAUCAUUGGAUCAGUGCAUCCUGUUAUAUUGUGUAAUACAAAUUAAUUAAUAAAGCAAGUUUUGAUACAA